GAACUACAAGUUUCUGAGUUUGAUAAACUUGGCAAGCAUCAUCUUUCAUCUGUCUCAUUCUUCUGAUACUCCAAGCAACCCCAUACAAAUCAACAAAGUCGAAUACUUCUCUCUUCUCUCAGAAGUAAAUUCGCGCAAGAUCUGGUUUAACCAGGGCAGCUAGUUGAGGUUAAGUCGUCAGUCAUUCAAAUUUUCAUAGCAUCCUUGAACCAUAUUUUUCUGGGUAGAAGAUCAAAUGUCGAUUUCUUCAUCAAUUCAAUCAAUCUCCACUAAACUUCCCCAAUUCAAUCUCUUCUUCUCUUCUUCUAAACCCUUAAUUUCAAUCCCUUUAUCUUCUUCAUCCCUUCCUUCCUCCUUCAAAUCCAUCUCUUUCCAACGAAUUCCUACUAAAACCCAAUCUCUCUCCUUCUCCCCUUCAUCUUCUUCUUCUUCUUCUGUUCAACCUGUUGAAGAACUGCCCCCAAAACUCCAGGAAAUCGUCAAGCUUUUUCAAGCAGCUCAAGACCCACGAGCCAAGUACCAGCAGCUCAUGUUCUAUGCCAACAAUCUUCCUCCUCUUCAAGAGAAGUUCAAAACCAAGGAAAACAAGGUUGAGGGCUGCGUUUCUCAGGUCUGGGUUCGAGCUUUCUUAGACUCUGAUUCUGAUUCUGGUUCUAAACUUGUUUAUUUUGAAGCUGAUUCUGAUUCUGUUAUGACUAAAGGCCUUGCUGCUUUGCUUGUUUUGGGUUUAUCUGGUCGUCCUGUUCCUGAAAUUUUAAGGGUUUCUCCUGAUUUUGUCACCCUUUUGGGCCUUCAUCAGAACUUAACACCUUCUAGGAAUAAUGGGUUUUUGAAUAUGUUGAAGUUGAUGCAGCGGAAGGCUCUUCUUUUAGGGUUGGAGGAUGAGAAAAUUGAACAAGGAGAUGCGGUUUCUGGGUUGGAUUCUCAAUUGGGUGCUGAUAAUUUGGAACCUAAACUGGAAUUUAAUGGGUCUUCUGGGGGGGAGAGUUCUGAUCUUGAUGUGGGUAGGAGAGAAAUUGUUGCAAAUGAGUCCAAUUCAAAUUCGGGUUUGAGUGGCGUUGGAUUGGGGAGCAGAGGAGAGAGAAUUAGGGAGAAAUUGGAGAGAGAAUUGAAGCCUGUUGAGUUGGAUGUUGAGGAUAUAUCUUAUCAGCAUGCUGGACAUGCUGGAGUAAAGGGGAGUGAUGGGGAAACCCAUUUCAAUUUGAAGAUAGUUUCGAAUGAGUUUGAAGGAAAGAGCUUGGUUAAGAGGCAUAGGAUGAUUUAUGGUUUGUUGCAGGAUGAAUUGGAAGGAGGUUUACAUGCUUUGUCAAUCAUUGCUAAGACACCAACUGAAGUGGAUGAGGGAAGGUAGACUGAAGAGGGAGUAUUAGUCUGCACAAAGAUGAUUAUUAUUUUUCAUUUUCACUUGUCAAUCCUGAACUUAGUUUUAAACCCUUUUCCCGGAUAGCUAAACAUUGUAUUUACAAUUUUAUUCAUCGCUAUUACUUACCAUAUGAGAAUUUAUAAUGAAAUGAAUAAAUGAGUGAAAUUUUGUUGGAUACUUGA